AUGGCAUCUGAUCCGUCAAGUGCCACUCAAAUGGCGGGCGACGUCGCUGAGACUGUCGCCCACGCCCUCAGCUUCAGCAGCUCUCCUCCCUCAGCGAUGAGCACUAUGCCCUCUAUCACUGCCCAUGAGCCCAACACCUGGUUCGGCCUCUUCGGGUGGUUGAUCUUAUCUCUUUUCCACGUCACCUCGACCAUCCUUUAUUGGGUGAUUCGGAUUGCGACUAUCAAUGUCCCUUCCUUUCUGUUCCACUUGUUUUCGACAAGCUGGACCGUCACCAUGAAUGCUACCACACUCAUGUUUAUCAUGGCAGCUGUCGUGUCAGCUGUCAGCUGGGUCGUGAGAUAUCGCAUCCUCAACAUGUACUCUCGUCUGCCGCCGGAGCCUCAGCGCAAAGAGCCGGAGAUCGACCUCUUUCCAGAUACUCAUGAGGGUGAUACCAAGUCUGGCUUGGCAAACUACUUGGACGAGUUCUUGAGUGCUAUCAAGAUCUUUGGUUACCUUGAGCGACCCGUCUUUCACGAGCUGACCAGGAGCAUGCAAACGCGAAAGCUCAUUGCUGGAGAGACCAUCAACCUCGAAGAAGAGAAGGGUUUCUGUAUCGUUGUUGAUGGGUUGGUUGAGAUUUUUGUCAAGUCAAACCGAGGUCCACGCGCCGCUGCUGCAUCUCGAGGACGCCUUGACCUGGACUCAUCCGACGAGGACGAUGUCGCACCUGGUCAACAGACCUAUCAACUUUUGACAGAAGUUCGCAAUGGAGCACCCAUGUCGUCGCUCUUCUCCAUCAUGUCUCUGUUCACAGAAGAUGUCAGGUUGCGGGCGAACGAGGAUGAUGACGACGAGCCUCUGCAUCCUACCAAGAGCAGUGGCCUUCGCCAUCCGACAUUUGAGAAGCCGAAUCUCUCGCGUGUCCCUUCGGAUGUCAACAUUUCUAUGCCUGGCACUCCCCAUGCUCAGGAAGACUCUGACGCAGAUGAGAAGAAGCCAGAAGGCCUUGGCGUUUCUGGUCUUGACACUGAUCAGGCUGGCAUUCCACCUAUCUCACUGGAUGGCUCCACUCCUCCUCCUCCUCCUCGUCCCACGCGGCCACCUAUGCCAAGCAGGGCGACAUCUGGUUCGGCUCACCCAGAUAUUAUUGCUCGCGCCACAGUUGACACCACGAUUGCGAUCAUUCCCGCAAGUGCGUUCAGAAGGCUUAUCAAGAUUUACCCCAAGGCUACUGCGCAUAUUGUGCAUGUCAUCCUCUCCAGAUUCCAGCGAGUCACUCUUGCCCAGGCUUUUAACUACCUUGGCUUGACCAGCGAGGUACUGCAAACUGAGAAGAGCAUGAUCAAGUAUACCGUGUGUCAGCUACCCAACAUCUUGCGAGGCGAUGCUCUGGAACGCCUCAAGGAGAAGUUCAAGCGGGAACGUGAGCGUACCGAAGAGGAAGAUGACACCAAGGGUAUUGCUUUGCACAACUCGGCAUCUGCCAACCGACGAAGGUCUAGCACUGGGCUACGGAAGGAGGCUAUGCUGCAGUCGAUGACAAAGCUUAGAGGGACUUCAGUCGUCACUGGUACCAUCGCACCACCUCGCGAGCGAGCUUCGCCUCAUACGCCCAGUCCUGGAGACUUGCUGUCUAAUACCCAGUUGGGUGGUCGUGGGUCUUCGCGCAUAUCCCCAUCCGAUCAACGAGCUGUUUCAGGCGCAUCGAUGAGACGUCAAGGCGCCAACCCUAAGGAUGAUCGGUUCUUCAAUGAUCCGUUUGACUCGAGGAGGCUAGGCCGCAUGACAAUGGACCCCCGGGAAACUGUCGAUGAAGAUAACCUCUUCCGUGCCUCGAUUCUGGAAUGCAUGUUCAAGUCACUUGGUCUGGACACCAAUGGAAGCGUGUCUCGCGAGCCAGAGUCUAUGGAAGGUUCUCCUAGACUGGUAUCAAUCGACCAUCGUCGGUCAAGACUUUACAACCAAAACAAUGCCUUCGGGUUCAUGGCUCCCUUGGAUGGUUCGGUUGAUGGCGAGACGGAAUCGGUGACAUCCAACGGGACUGCCUUGCAUACUCCUGUUAGUGCACAGGCCCUUGCCAGCGACAUGAAGGACGAGGUUGAAAUCGUCUUCUUCCCCAAGGGCUCGGUUCUAGUAGAACAGGGAGAGCGAAACCCCGGUCUGUACUAUGUCGUUGAUGGAUUCUUGGAUAUUGGUACGAGCAGUGAGGGCGACGCUCACAACAUUCUGAAAUCCAACGGAUUUGGUACAUCUCAACCAGAUCCAGCAUCUCCCAACCCGUCUGACAUGGGAUCGUUCCCGAACUUGGCAAGGACCGAAGCUGCACGAGACCAGGCUGAGACCGAGACUCAACAGUCAACGUCAAAGAAGCCUCGUCGUAGCAUCGCUUUGGUCAAGCCUGGUGGACUCGCUGGUUACAUUGGAAGCGUCUCUUCGUACAGGUCUUUCAUUGAUGUUGUGGCGAAGACGGAUGUUUACGUGGGCUUCUUACCUCGAGUGUCACUUGAGCGCAUUGUUGAUCGUUACCCCAUUGUUCUCCUUACUAUGGCCAAACGAUUGACAAACAUUCUACCUCGUCUGAUUCUGCACAUCGACUUUGCCCUGGAAUGGGUUCAAGUCAAUGCUGGUCAGGUUCUCUUCCAUGAAGCUGAUGAGAGCGAGGCAAUCUAUAUCGUCCUCAAUGGACGCUUGCGUCUGGUUCAAGAACGUAAGGGCGGCAGUGGUGGCGUUACCGCCCUGGCUGAGUUUGGCCAAGGCGACAGUGUCGGCGAACUCGAGGUGCUUACGGAGACCGUUCGUCCCGGCACUCUUCACGCUAUUCGAGAUACUGAGUUGGUAAAAUUCCCUCGAACGCUGUUCAACAGCUUAGCUCAGGAGCACCCAAACAUCACAAUCAAGAUCUCGAAGAUCAUUGCAUCACGAAUGAGGGCCAUUGUUGAUGAGACGUCCAAGUUCUCGUACAAGGAUGCCAGCACCAACCCGAAGACAUUGAUGCGAAAGUCAAACAUGAAUCUUCGCACAGUAGCUAUUCUUCCUGUUACUGCGGGUGUCCCCGUUGUCGAGUUUGGAAACCAUCUCAUGAACGCCCUCGCGCAAGUUGGCCCAGCCAACGGUGCCACUUCUCUCAACCAGGCCGCUAUUCUCAACCAUCUUGGCAAACAUGCCUUCAACAAGAUGGGAAAGCUUAGACUUUCUCAAUAUCUUGCUGAUUUGGAAGAGAAAUACGGCUUGGUUGUUUAUGUUGCAGAUACCAACGUCAACUCCCCAUGGACGCAGACUUGUAUCACGCAAGCAGACAGUAUUCUCUUGGUGGGUCUUGCUGAAGGGUCACCAGCCAUUGGUGAGUAUGAGCGUUUCAUGCUCGGCAUGAAGUCGACAGCUAGAAAGGUGCUUGUUCUGUUGCAUACUGAACGUUACUCGCGACCUGGACUUACCCGUGCUUGGCUCCAAAAUCGUAUGUGGAUCAACGGUGGUCAUUGCCAUAUCCAAAUGGCUUUCAGGACCAACGAGAUGCCAGUGCAUGCUCCGAAGAAACUUGGUCAAGCUCUCAAAGAGCGUGUGCAGGUGUUGCAGGCCGAGAUCCAGAAAUACACCUCUCGCAAGGUGCAUCAUACUCCGUACUAUUCGCCCGACUCGCCUUACAAGGGUGAUUUCCAUCGCCUUGCACGACGACUCUGCGGUAAAUCGAUUGGACUUGUACUUGGCGGAGGUGGCGCACGAGGUAUCACUCAAAUUGGUAUCAUUCGGGCCAUGGAAGAAGCCGGUAUUCCUAUUGAUCUCGUUGGAGGAACUUCAAUCGGUGCUUUUGUUGGAGCCCUUUACGCUCGCCAUGCAGAUGUUGUGCCCAUGUUCGGAUUCGCCAAAAAGUUUGCUGGUCGCAUGGCCAGUCUUUGGCGCUUUGCUCUCGAUUUGACGUAUCCUUCCGCCUCGUACACUACAGGACACGAGUUCAAUCGUGGUAUUUUCAAAGCAUUGGGUGACACGCAAAUGGAAGACUUCUGGCUUGAGUAUUACUGCAACACAACUAACAUCAGUAAGAGUCGGGCGGAGUUUCAUACCAGUGGUUAUGCCUGGAGGUACAUCCGAGCCUCCAUGUCCCUUGCCGGAUUGCUUCCACCUCUGUGCGACGAAGGCAGUAUGCUGCUUGAUGGUGGCUACAUUGACAAUUUGACUGUGUCGCACAUGAAGGGUCUCGGAGUUGACAUAAUCUUUGCUAUCGACGUAGGUGCUUUGGACGAUGAUACGCCACAAACGUACGGUGACUCGCUAUCUGGAGCAUGGGCUUUUGUCAACCGAUGGAAUCCAUUCUCGUCUCACCCAAACCCUCCUACGCUUGCGGAGAUCCAGGGACGACUAGCCUAUGUGUCGAGUGUUGAUGCUCUUGAGCGUGCCAAGACGAUGGCAGGAUGCAUUUACAUGCGACCGCCGAUUGACGAUUAUGGAACUCUCGACUUCCACAAGUUUGAUGAACUGUACCAGCUGGGAUACAAGUAUGGACAAGAGUUUUUCAACAAGAUGAAAGAGCAAGGAGUCUUGCCUUUGGUAGAAGAGACGGAGGCCAAGAAGGCGUUGAGACGCACAAUGGCACCGCGACGAGCGAGUAUCUGA